AUGUCGAGAUCACCGAUCCAUUUGAUCACCUUGGCAACCAUAGCUUUCUCCUUAAUCUCUUCCUGCGUCUCCGACGUCGUCGUAUUGACCGUUGAUAACUUCGAGAAGGAGGUCGGUAAAGAUCGUGGUGCUCUCGUUGAGUUCUACGCUCCCUGGUGUGGGCACUGCAAAAAGCUAGCUCCCGUUUUUGAUAUACUUGGUACCAGCGUCAAGAAGACAAAAUCUGUUUUAGUUGGAAAGGUGGACUGUGAUGAGAAUAAGGAACUUUGCACCAAAUAUGGAAUUUCUGGUUACCCCUCCAUCAAGUGGUUUCCCGAAGGAUCUUUGGAACCCAAAGACUAUGACGGUUCCCGCACUGCUGAAGCAUUUGCCGAGUAUAUAAAUAAUGAAGCAGGGACUAAUGUAAAGAUAGGGGCAUUUCCCUCAUAUGUGGUGGUAUUAAAUUCAGACAACUUCGACAAGAUUGUAAUGGAUAAAACUAAGGAUGUUUUGGUCGAGUUCUAUGCAACCUGGUGUGGUCAUUGCAAAAGCCUUGCUCCUAUCUAUGAAACUCUUGCAACUGCAUAUAAAAACGAGAGGGAUGUAGUCAUUGCUAAUCUUGAUGCUGACCGCUUCAAGGAUCUUGGAGAAAAGUAUGAUAUAAGUGGUUAUCCAACAAUGAAGCUCUUCCCAAAGGAUAACAAAGCUGGUGAAGUUUAUCAAGGCGAUCGUGAUUUAGAUAGUUUAGUGGCUUACAUCAACCAGAAGUGUGGUACUAGCCGUGAUGCACAAGGACAACUUACCUCCGAUGCUGGUAUAGUUGAGGUUUUGGAUAACUUGGUGAAGGAGUUUAUGGGUGCUGAUGGUGACGAGAAGAAAGCAGUAUUUGCCAAGAUUCAGGAGGAAGCCGGAAAUCUCCACGGUUCUUUUGCAAGAUACGGGAAAAUAUACAUAAAAGCCGCUCAGAGUUGCAUGGCUAAAGGUGCCGACUAUGCAAGGAAUGAAAUUCAACGUCUAGAGCGUAUGCUUGCCCAGUCAAUUAGCUCGUUGAAGGCCGAUGAAUUCAUCCUGAAGAAGAAUGUGUUAUCUGCAUUUGCUUGAUAACUGACAUGAAUAAGCCUUUUCUACGAGUUGGAGAUGAUAUCUUGGUUUCAUAAUUAUGCAGUAGGUAGGACUCGUUGCAGCAGUAAGUUAGAAUUCGACAUUCGUACUUAAACGCUCUUGAGGUGUUUUAGUUUGUACGAGUCAUGUGCCACAAGCAGCAGGGAGUUUUGAGGAGAAAACAGAACAUUGGUUGUAGGUACAACGAAUAAGUGAUUUGUAAGUCGUUUCACAAUAGAUUUGUUUGGUUUGUUAUA